UCAAGAUUGUGUUUAAACGGAAUUCCCUAGGAAUGUGUGGCUAAUAAUGUUUCUCCCAGUGGCAUUUUGGAUCUGCGUGGUUGAUCUGCGAAUUUACCGGCGUACAGAGUUCGAAAACUCGAUAAUUGAAUCUGACUAUAUUACAGAUGAAAUAAUCGAAUUUGUUGAGACUAAAGCUGUCAAUGGUGAAUGGAAAAAGUGACGUAGUACAUAAUUAUGUUGCGAGAUUGAUGUAAAACACUGUCCAGACAGAGCCCAAGGUCGAGUAUCACCAGUGGAAGUUGAUGAAAGAGAAAAAAGAUGCGCGCCAAUGUCCAACAUUUUGUACAGCACGUCACAAAAUACCAGGCGAGCACAUUCGCCACCGGUCGGCAUCGGAAAAACAGUUGCGAGCGUCGCUUUGUUGUGCGCGGAAGAAAACAGAGUUUCGUUAAAAAUAAAUCCAACCAGAAAUCAAGAGGGGUGAAGAUCUCACGCGCGUCACCAGUAACAGCCGUCGUUUGUGAAGAAGUGUAAAGGAAAAUCACUCAGUCACCUCCCUCUCUCUCUCUCUCUCUCGCUAGAGAAAAAGUUUAAACAAGUAUCCCGUUCCGAAUAUCGCAGUGACUUUGAAACUUUUGCCAUUCCCAGUUAGGAAGUGCGAUUGCAAACAGCCCCUGAGUCCAGUGUUUGAUUCCAGAACAAUGUGGGACACCUUCAAGGGGAAGAAAGCCUGACACGACUAGUUUCGUGAGUCCGUGAACUCUGCAAGCAGCAUAGUGAUUGUAAUUCUCUCCUUCCCUGCGAGGGGAGCUUUCAAAAUCGCGCGUACCUAUAGCAAUUACGCAAGGAUCUCAGACAAACGUUCGUGGAUUGGCCAGCCCGGCACGUAAUCGGCUUGAUGAAAAGAAAACCAGUGCUAACCGAAUUGAACCAACUCAUAGCGAUACCUAUGUAUUGCAGCAGGGAUUUUCCCAGCACAGUGAGCAAUUGUCAGCGGUACACCGCCAAGGAUCCCCGCCUUAGAUCUAGCCAAGUUAAGUUGUCGACGUUAAUACGACCGGAUAAGACCACCACCCGCCAGCCUAGUUGAAAGAGUCCAAUCAAUAAUCUCCUAAUAAACAGUGAUUACCCACGGGUGAACACACCUACAAAGCAUAGUAAGCGAUACGUUGUGUGUCUGUGUAUGUGCCGAUCGAAAGCAAAGCCUACUGAAAGCGCAUAUAUAUAAUAAGAGUGAAAGAUCAUUAGCCACGGAAGCGUCGUUGUUUAUGAGCUACUCGCAACGGAACAGAAGAUCGCACCAACCGGAGAACGACGUGUUCGAUUAGUUUCGAGUUCUAUUAUCAUUUCGCUAGACGCACAUGUAAACAGAACCCUCCCGCGGAGGAUUGUGACGCUACUGUUCGGAACCGUUCUCUCUAGCUAUUUUGUAUGUUUCAAUAUUAUCACGUGCAAAGCCAACGAUUUAAUGUGUUUCGUCAACUGCCAACAACAUUUGGAAACUCUUCCAUUAGGAUUGCUGUAUUUAGGGUUUUAAAUUGAAUCGAGCAGAUACAAAACGUGACAAUACAGUACCGGCAGUCAGGUUCACCACCAACGGUCAAAGCGUGUUUGGCGCGCAACCAUUUUUUUUUUUGGCUGUCGAACAUUUUAUAACAGAAACAAGUGGGACCACAUCCCGUCGGAACAAAAUUUAUUAUUAGUAAUAACAAGUACGCGAGCAAAAUGGUGGUCGAAAUUCAGAUCACCGAUCCUAGCAAUAAGAGCUUCAUGGUUCGAAACAACACCGACAAUCAGCUGAAUAAUAACAACUACAAUAGUGAUAACAACAAUUACAACGCCAAUGCUCGUUUUGGGAAGGAGGAGCUGGAGGCACUUAAAACGACCUUGCUCAACUCGAACGAGGUGACAUUUUGUAAUUUGUCGGACGAUGAAAAGGAUGAGGAUCACCCAAUGAUGUCUCAGCUGACGGUGGUCGAUGCCAAGCGAAAGAAGCGCCUGAAUUCGGACAACUCGGAAGCGGAUUCGAUCCUUUCCUCCUGCCAGGAACCGGUGAAAAAGAACAAACCUAAAAUCCCAGAUGGUGGUUAUGGCUGGGUGGUGGUCUUUGCAUCGGUGAUGAUCUCACUCAUUAUGGAUGGUGUUUCGUUCUCCUUCGGGUUGAUGUAUACCGAAUGGUUGGACUAUUUCGGAGAGUCUAAAUCUAAAACCGCAUGGGUUGGUUCGCUGUUUAUUGCCGUUCCCUUACUUGUAGGACCAAUAAUGUCGAAUCUAGUUGAUCGAUACGGUUGCCAAAAGAUGACUAUGUUAGGAGGUUUUGUCGCAACGUGCGGGUUCGCCCUUGCCUCAAUUUGCACGAGUGUUGAACAGUUGUACUUCACGUUCGGUAUCCUUGCUGGAUUGGGUUUAGGAGUUGGAUAUGUGACAGCCGUGGUCUCGAUCGCUUUCUGGUUUGAUAAGAGACGAACGUUUGCGACUGGAAUCGGUGCCUCCGGAACAGGCAUCGGUACCUUCCUGUACGCCCCAUUCACGCAGUGGUUGAUUGAAAUAUUUGGAUGGCGAGGUACUACUUUGAUCCUUGCCGGAACCCUUUUCAAUUUGUGUGUGAUGGGUGCUCUUUUACGCGAUCCAGACUGGAUGAUCGAGGAAAGCAAACUGGAAAGUCGCUCUCAAAGCAUGCAAACCUUUUCCAACUCGAGCGUCUGCCUGGAUGAACUGAAGAAAAUGAUCGAAACUGGUGUCCCACGAGAACACCUCUUGGAUACGCUGGUAACUAACGUGAACACCGAAGCGAAUCAAGUUAUUGCGCCAGAAAAUCCAGCCCUGUCAAAAAAAUAUCAAAGUGAACUAACACUGCCCACAUUUUUAAAGCUCGAUCAAGAGCAAGUUCAACCACACCCUCGAAGUGGCAGUCGCCGUUCCCUUCGACAAACUAUCCUCGUUAAAGAAACCUUCCCAAAGUUGGAAGAACAUCCAUCACCGCCGAGCGAAGAAACAAAGCCUACGCAUGCUACACUUGCUAGCUCCGAAACCCUAAACUCCCAAGAAAAAAUAUCCAGUUAUGCCGAAAACGUCGAUCCGGAUCACAAAACAUCCUUGGAAACCCUGAGCGUGGCAUCGCUGGAAGAAGCCUACCUCAGUGCGCACCGUCAAAAGGAACUGCGUGACUCUCGGGCAGCUCUAAGCUCGUGGUCACUGGAUGAGAAAUCCGUUGCAGCGAAGGAAGAUUUAGACGAUCGGCGAUCGUUCCGCAAAACUUCGCUGGAUGUAGUGUACGAAAAUGAAAUCUUCAACCCGAAUGUCAACACCGCCGUCACGCUUUUGGUGCCCAAGCAGAAAAAGCUGGAACCGAAGCACAAUCUGAAACGAUCGAACACCCACCCAACCCACCAGGCGAGAUAUUCUAACUUCCUGAAGGACAUUCGAGUACACAAGAACUCGAUUCACUAUCGAGGGGCGCUGCUACAUACGCACCGAUACCGCUUGAAGGCGUCCUCAUGUCCGAACAUCUAUCGAAACUCCAUGACUACAAUUGCGCGCGAAAAGGAAGAGAGAUGGUACGACGGAUUCAUCGAUGCAAUGAAGACAAUGUUCGAUUUUUCAUUGUUUUUAGAGUUCCGGUUUGGCAUGUUGUCGUUAUCGAUCCUACUUCUGUUUAUAUGGUACAUCAUUCCCUACUUCUACAUCCCCGACUACAUGCUGCUGCAUGGCUACACUGAGCAGGAAGGAGCGAACAUGAUUUCGAUCGUCGGUGUUGCCAGCACAAUCGGUAUGGUCGGUCUCGGGUGGCUCGGUGAUCAACCCUGGGUAGAUGUCACCAAGUAUUAUGCCGUCUGUUUGGCAUUUUGUGGCCUAUCGGUAGCUGCGGUACCAAUCGCCGUGACCAACUACUACCUCAUGGCAAUCGUGAGCAUCGUGUUCGGAUUUACCUUUGCCAGUACCUACUCCUUCACGCCCAUCAUCAUCGUUCGGUUGGUGAGUCUGGACGACUUCACCAUUGCGUACGGGCUGUGCCUGCUGAUCCAGGGAAUAGGCAGCCUGGUUGGACCUCCGUUGGCUGGGAUGAUGUACGACCUCACCGAGCGUUGGGAUCCUUCAUUUUACACGGGAGGUUUCUUCCUCGUGCUCUCAGGGGUGUGCGCCUGGGCUGUCGGAUACCUGCCGUCAGACGUAGCAGAGGAUAAGGAAAGCGAGGCGCUGAGCUCAACCGUGACGGAGUAGAUCUGAAAAAUCUCUUUUUUCUUGCGUAUGGUAUCAGUACUUAUGACAUUUUUUUCUGGUAAAAGUAUUAAUUUGAAUAGUCUUUCUAGUGUUAUUUCCCCUGUGAGAAACAAGAGCGCAAACAAUGUAGAAAUCACUCGUUUUUUAACCAUCAUGAGCUAAGUGCAUAGAAACAUUGUUUUUCCCGAGUGCGUAAACUUGUUGAGUUCUUCGCGAAAGCCAAGUGCCUUUUGAAUUUUAGUACACGUUAGCGAGCCUAGUAAGUAGACUGAGUAAAGUUUUCUAGUUGAUCUUUCUAGCCAGUUCUUUUGCAAAUAAUUUGGGGUGAAUAAUUGAGGGCGAAUAAAAUUGAAUUCAUCUGUCACACUCUGAAAAGCAGUAAUAAAAUAGAAACUGAUAUAAAGGCUGAUAAAUCACUAUCGGAUGUUAUCGAAAUAGAACAUUUCUUCCAACGGUUUCGUUCGAGUGGCGACAUCUGUCGAUCAAUCGCAAUAACUACUUUAAACCAUGUUCAGGUGUGUGAUUAGUAUUCCUAAGGUGUCUACCAAAUGUCGAAAAAUGUAGCGAGUUUAUUUGAAAUAUUUUGAAAUUAGUCAUUACAGGUUUAAUUUUUUGUACUACAGGUAAAAAGAUGAUAUUAGACAAUACAAGAAUUGUUCAAGGAUUAAUUAGGUUCAAAUUUAGGCGUGAAAAUCGAUAGAAAAUAGAAGCUCCUUUAGAAGUAUACACUACCUUUAAGAACAUCGAAUUAGGCACUGAUCAUUAAAUUAUAUUAAACGUUACACGAUAGUUAUCGCUAGGAUGGACAUAUUCUCCAUACUUAUGUAUUGAAGUACUUAUUCUCCGCCAUCAACUAUCCAUUCAUUUGUUCAUGAUAUAAACCUUUUCGAAAAACUA